GGUGGAGUCCAUGUGGAUGUUGAAAUCACCAAGCAGAAGUGUAGACGGGGAUAUGGCACAGAGCUGGGUGAGAAACUCAGAGAGGUCGGAAAGAAAGGUGGGGUUGGGUUUGGGAGGACGAUAGAUGAUGGCAAUGACCAGGGGUAUGGGGCCGGAUAUUUUUAAGCAGAGGGAUUCAAAUGAGGUGGGAGCCUGGAUGGGAACUUGAGUUGUUUUUAUUUCAUGGCGGUGGAUGACAGCAAUCCCACCGCCAGUUUUCCCUUCCAGGCGAGGCUUGUCCAUGUACACAUAACCAGGGGGGGUUGCUUUAUUUAGUGAAAAGUAGUCCAGGGGUUUUUGCCAGGUUUCAGUGAGAAAAAUGAUUUUUUGGUGGCAUGAGAAACCUUGGCUAAGGUUCUCAGAGAGUCCGGGUGCACGUGCUGUUUGUUUUGUUGACAUUGUGACGUCACUGCUGGACGCCGGGUGGACCAGAGCAAGGGGAUGGGAUUUCCAGAGCGGACAACAAACUUUCGUCGGCAGCUUCGGUGGAUAUAGCCAGGCCGGCGGAGAAGUCCGUGUUCUUUGAUUUUUGAAAUAUAGUUAUGACCAGGGGUGAUGGGGAUGUUGAGUUGGUGGAGUUGAGAGGUAGAGUAGCAGAUGCGCAUGAUAUCCAGGGCGAGAGGUAGCGAAACGCCUGCUCUGCUAACCAUUAGCCAGACGCUAAUUGGUAGCUCCACUAUGCUAGUGGGUAGCACAGUGAGGCUAGCCGAUUGCCUAGCAUCUUCGGCAGGUGGUCGCAGGCGAUGCACUCGUGGACAGAGUGCUAGCAAGCAGAGUAGGACAGUCCCAAGCAUGCCAGACAGAAAAGGGCUUAAUUGCAGUCAAGCCAGACCUCAGCUUGCUAUCCCAGGCUAGCAGCGAGUGAAGGCUAGCUAUGCUAGCUAGCUCUGGGGCAAAGGCAGCAGCCAAGGGGAAGUAGCAGUCCUAGCACAAAAUGCUAGCCACGGAGCUCACUGAGAGGCAACGGUCCCAGCCGACGAAGGACUAACCGUACCAAGACAGCAGGGAGGCUGUCUGGGGGAUACCUCGUCAAGUGGUUGUCCGGUGGUACGGCAGCAAUGUGGGCAGACAGACCCAGCUGGAGCGGUGAAAAGAACGGGUCCAGAGGCAGCAUGAACCCCGGGUGUUAACAGCUGGAGGUAGCAAUAGCUCCGGUAGCAGCCACAGGGACACGAUGGACAGCGUGAAGCAGUCUGCAGCCCUGUGUCUUCUGCGGCUGUACAAGACGUCCCCUGACCUGGUCCUAAUGGGUGAGUGGACCUCCAGGGUGGUCCACCUGCUGAAUGAUCAGCACAUGGGGGUUGUGACCGCAGCAAUUUCUCUCAUCACCUGUCUCAGCCAGAAAAACCCAGAUGAGUUUAAGACCUGUGUGUCUUUGGCUGUGUCUCGACUUAGCAGGAUCGUGUCCUCUGCCUCAACGGACCUUCAAGACUAUACAUACUACUUUGUUCCGGCCCCCUGGUUGUCCUGCAAGCUUUUGCGACUACUACAGUGCUACCCUCCACCAGAGGAUGGCGCUGUGAAGGGCAGGCUGGUUGAGUGUCUGGAAACCAUCCUCAACAAGGCUCAGGAGCCACCCAAGUCAAAGAAGGUCCAGCACUCCAAUGCAAAGAAUGCCAUUCUCUUUGAGGCCAUCUCUCUCAUUAUUCACUAUGACAGUGAGCCCAACUUGCUGGUGCGUGCCUGUAAUCAGCUGGGCCAGUUCCUGCAGCACCGUGAGACCAACCUGCGCUACCUGGCCUUGGAGAGCAUGUGCACUCUGGCCAGCUCGGAGUUCUCCCAUGAGGCUGUUAAGACCCACAUAGAGACUGUGAUCAACGCGCUCAAGACGGAGAGGGAUGUCAGCGUGAGACAGAGGGCUGCAGACCUGCUAUAUGCCAUGUGUGACCGCAGCAAUGCCAAGCAGAUCGUAGCUGAGAUGCUUAGCUACCUGGAGACUGCAGAUUACUCCAUUAGGGAGGAGAUGGUGUUGAAAGUGGCCAUUCUGGCAGAGAAGUAUGCUGUGGAUUACUCCUGGUAUGUGGACACCAUUCUGAAUCUGAUCCGCAUUGCGGGUGACUAUGUCAGCGAGGAGGUGUGGUACAGAGUCAUCCAGAUAGUCAUCAACAGGGAUGAUGUUCAGGGCUAUGCUGCCAAGACUGUGUUUGAGGCCCUGCAAGCCCCAGCAUGUCAUGAGAAUAUGGUGAAGGUUGGGGGCUACAUCCUUGGAGAGUUUGGCAAUCUCAUCGCUGGAGACCCUCGUUCCAGUCCCCUCAUCCAGUUCAACCUGCUGCACUCUAAGUUCCACCUGUGCUCGGUGCCCACCCGCGCCCUCCUGCUCUCCGCCUACAUCAAGUUCAUCAACCUCUUCCCCGAGACCAAGGCCACUAUCCAGGAGGUGCUGCGCUCCGACAGCCAGAUCCGCAACUCGGAUGUCGAGCUGCAGCAGAGGGCCGUGGAAUACUUGAAGCUCUCGUCCAUCGCCAGCACCGACGUCCUGGCCACAGUCCUGGAGGAAAUGCCCCCCUUCCCAGAGAGGGAGUCAUCCAUCCUGGCCAAGCUGAAGAAGAAGAAGGGACCGGGAGCAGUUUCGGUGUCUGACCUGGAGGACGGGAAGAGAGAGGGAGAGCUGAAUGGAGCAGGGGAGAGGAGCGCCGAUGCCUCUGCUAUCGCCACCUCCAAUGCUUCUACUCCAUCCCCGUCAGCUGACCUAUUAGGACUUCGCUCAGCAGCUCCUGUUGGCUCAGCUGCUCCUAGUGCUGGCAGCUUGUUGGUUGACGUGUUUUCAGAGGCGGGACCUGCAGCUCCACCAUCUGCGGUAAAUGAUGACAACUUUCUCAGUGAUCUGGAACCUCCUACUGAAAACUCUGACUCACUAUUGGUUGAGGCUCCCAGUGAAUCAGAUUCUGCCCCUUCCUCCUCUCCUCUUGCCUCUGAGGAUCCUGCUCCACCUCUCCCUGAAUCAGAUGAGCUUCUGAACAAGUUUGUGUGCAAGAAUAACGGGGUUCUGUUUGAAAAUCAGCUACUUCAGAUUGGGAUCAAAUCCGAGUAUCGGCAGAACCUGGGGAGGAUGUACUUGUUCUAUGGAAAUAAAACUUCAGUUCAGUUUGUCAGUUUCACCACUGCUGUCAGCUGCCCAGGAGAGCUGCAGUCUCAGGUCAAUGUACAGGCAAAACCUGUGGAGCCCCUAGUGGAGGGUGGUGCACAGGUACAGCAAGUCAUCAACAUCGAGUGUCUCACUGACUUUAGUGAGGCCCCACUGCUUAACAUCAAGUUCAGAUAUGGAGGAGCUCUUCAGAACAUCAGUCUGAAACUUCCUGUCACCAUCAACAAGUUCUUCCAGCCCACAGAGAUGGCAUCUCAAGACUUCUUUCAACGCUGGAAACAGCUUAGCCUCCCUCAGCAAGAAGCACAGAAAAUCUUCAAGGCCAACAAUGCCAUGGAUACAGAGGUGCUCAAAGCCAAGUUGCUGGGCCUGGGAACGGCAUUGCUGGAGAAUGUGGACCCCAACCCUGAGAACUUUGUGUGUGCUGGUGUUAUCCAGACCAAGGCCCAGCAGGUGGGCUGUCUUUUGAGACUGGAGCCUAAUACACAAGCCCAGAUGUAUCGGCUGACGCUCCGCAGCAGUAAGGACUCUGUCUCCAAGCGUAUCUGUGAGCUGUUGGCAGAACAGUUUUAGGGCCACAUCUAAGGCUGGGCUCUGGGCUUCAAACUGUGUCAACCAAGAGAGGAUCAGCAGAACCUUCAAACAUGCUUACAUAAGGGAAAAUAGCUGUCCUCACAUGACAGCCAUAUGUUAUUAUUAUUAUUAUUAUUAUUAUUGUCAUAAAUAUUGGUAUAAUUAUUGUUUUUAUUGGUGUUUACCUGUGUGUAUGUCUGUGUGUGACAGCGUGUGUUUAAGGAUUUUGGUGAUUGUUCUUUUGUUAAAAUUACUUAAUCUUAUUCUUGUAUUGACAGCCGGUUGCAGUGGGAAAAGGAGAGAGGCCAGUGAUGGCGAUCUCUCAAUUUCUCAUCAGUGCUCAUUCCAAACCUGCCAGUGACAUUUCAGUCUGACUUCAUUCCCAGUUAAUGAAAUGCACGCAGCCAACACACACAGGUGUGCACACACGUUUAUAUCUGCAUAAGCCUGUUUUGCUUUGUAACAUUUUUGGCUUUGUCCCGUUGCUGUCCAGAGCAACACUUGGCCCUGUUGUGGGACUAACAAAAAGUCACUUCAUCUGCCUGUUGUUUGAAUAGAAUUGGCCAGUGCACUUUAUAAGCAAUACAGCUUGAGAGCUUCUACUAUGUGCUUUUUCAUCCAUCGCCACCUUUGUUGAAAUCAAACCAUUCCCUAUUAGAGUAUGUUGAUGAAGUUCAGUUUUUCCUCCUGAAUUCUGCUUUCUGUUUUUCUUGUACUGACAGACACUACAGUGCGCUCUCUUAUGCAGGUUCCCUCUCCUCAUCCCUCUGAUAUCCCUGGUCCCAGUCUGCACACAGGGCAAUAACUGUUACUUGCAGUACCUGGGUCUUGGAGGUUCAGCUUUUUUAUUGCAGCCUUGCCUAUGCAUUGACUGCAGUCCUAAAAUAUACAUACAUGAAAUUGUUAGAGGUCUGAAUGUAUAUCAAUGUUAACGUUUUAGCAUUCCAGGAUACAUAUUAAGGCAUUUCAUGGGGUAGCUUGGCCAGAUCCUUUGAUUCUAAUUGACAGUGUUCAGAUACUUGGAGUUGCAUGCAAGGUCUUUAUUCUUCUGUGUGUGCACUAAGCAGGGACUUAUCAAUCUGUGUGUUUCUGCAAGUCUCUGUGUGUAUGUGUAUGUGUAUGUGUCUGUGUGUGUGUGUGUGUGUGUGUGUGUGUCUAUAUAUAUAUAUAUAUGUGUGUGUGUGUGUGUGUGUGUGUGUGUGUGUGUGUGUGUGUGUGUGUGUGUGUGUGUGUACAUGUUGAAACCUGAUAUUUUAAAACCAUCUGUCUCCUGAUGCACUUUUACUUUAGACUGAAAAUGACCGUUGUGCCCCUGGACUUGGUAUAUAUACACAGUCUAAAUCUACUAUUAUUCAAUUGCACCACAGGGUUGAUGUUGAUUUUGUGGCUGUGUGUCACUCAUAAACACCCAGGAUCUGGGACACUGUUGUAUUAGAUGAAUAAGGAGCCACUGCCAUUAUAUUUGCUUGGGUGAGAGUAUCUGCUUCUUCUAAGUUUCCAAUGCAGUACUGCGGUCAUGCCCAUUUUAAAUGAUUCAGGAGUCACUGUCAUUGUAUUUGUCUCUACAGUAUCGCUAGCUGCACAGCCAAGUUGUAUCAGUGUAAAAUCUGUCAAAAACUUGUUAGAAUUGCUCUGUACUGAACAAUGUGAAAGUAAAAGUAUACAAUGUAUCCA